AUGAGUUGGACAAAACUUAUGAGAAUUGUGCUGAUAAUCAUCGGUGGGAAGUACGUCAGUUCUAAGUUGCUUAUUUUAUUUUUAGGUGCCAUAAAACAUAAAUGCUUUAUUUGUGAAAACUCUGAUAAGUCUGAAAUAGAAAUUGAUGUACGGUUUACAUCUAUUAGAAGAGAUCGCACCGAAAACUACAGUGUUGAUGAUAGUGUUUCAACCUUUGAAUUUAAUAAAAUUAGGAAAUGCAAUUAUUCAUCCUGCAGUUUGUGGUUCCAUGAAAAAUGUUUUCUAUCGUUCAAUGAAGGUGAUUUUUUACCAAGAAUGCAUAUAUUGGAUAAACACGGUGAUCCAUGCAUUAAUUUAAAAGAUGGUAAAAGGUGGAUAUGCCCUCAGCACGAAUGUAAUUUUUGCCAUCAAGAACUCUUGAGGACACGAGCUUUUCAAGGAAAGUUUAUAAAAUGCGUCAAGUGUGUCUUUGCUUGGCAUCGCUCAUGUGUUAUUUCUGGUUCGCAACACAUUGACAGAAAAAGUGAUCGCUAUGUGCUUUGUCCACGACAUAAUUCAUUAAAACGAACGUCGAAACGAAACGUACCGUAUUGCGUUAAAUGUGAAAAACUUUUCGAAAGAAAAACUCAGAAGCUGGCUUGUACUUCAUGCAUACGUUCAUUUUGCUAUGAGUGUAUUACUAAAAAAAAUAUCAAUUGUACCAAAACUCAAAGCAACGAAUUCGUCUGCGAUUUUUGUCGAUGCUUUGAUUUUCCAAUCAUUGGCGAUCAUGUUUUGGCAGCAUACAAAUCUUGUUUCUGGCCAGCAAAGACAUUGCACGCUGACUUACUACCGCAAUGCUUGUAUACCAUACAGCAGUUGAAGAAAAAACUUUGUCAACCAGGUUAUGUGCUUGUGCAGUGGACUGAAGGACUAGAUAUACCAAAUUAUGAUGCUGUUACGUGUAGAGACUUAGUUCCCAUUCCGAAGUCAUUAAAUUGUCCGUUUUGGAAGCGUAUGAAAACCCGUGAAAAAAUAUAUAAAGCUGUGGAAGCGAUUUAUUCAAUCCCCGAAGUAGCAGUUGGCAGAAAGCGCCCACUUCCUCGAGAGGUUAGAGUAGAUGAGAAACCAAAAUAUGUUAAGGUCAAGACAAACAUCAACAUGCGCUUAGCUAAAGCGCGAUCGGAAACCACCGAGUUAGGUCACUGUAACUGCGAACCCAUAAAUGGAAAGCGUUGUACUCUUGCUCAUAAUUGUUUGAAUCGACUUCUAAUGACAGAGUGUCCUAAGGAUUGUGAUGUAACUUACCUUGAAAGGCGAAAUGCUGUAGUAGGAGGUACGAAACGGCUUUUGAAAAAAUAUGUAGAACUACCCGGUAAUGGGCUUUAUGGUUCGACUUCAGAAAAAAUGUGUACAAAUAAUUUUUUGCGGUAUCAUAAUACUAAAGUUGAUGAAUUAUCCAUGGAGGAAAAGCCAACUAAAUUGAAAGGAUUUGGUGCUUUUGCAAAGUGUGAUAUUGAGAAAAAUGCGGAUUUGACAGAAUAUAUUGGGCAUGUAAUGACUAAAGAAGAAUAUUUUGGGAAACUUCAGCUUCGUUGUUCAUUUAACAACUUAGAAGAAUCCUAUUUUGGCAUUAAACUGACGAGUGAUUUUUAUGUUGAUGCACGAAAUUAUGGUAGUAUCGCGCGAUCAUUCAAUCAUUCGUGUGAUCCGAAUUGUAAGGUAGUUGCUGUAUUGGUAGAUGGAAUAUACAGACUGAAAAUUUCGACGAUUAAAGAUAUCAAAGCAGGUGAGGAACUCACUUUUGACUAUGACACUGAAAUUCCUGAAGGUCUUGAAGGCAUGGAUUGUUUCUGUGAUUCUAGCAACUGUCGACUAAAAAUUGGGAAAAAAGCAAACACGGCACGGAAAGCUGCAACUACCAAGAAUCAGUCGCCGGUUGCUGAAAAAAUCAGUAACAGAAGAACACGAAAUGAGGAGUUAAAGACAAUGCCAUGUGUAAGGUCUCACUGAAU